GCAGAAUGAAGUGUCUGUGGCUGUUAGUGAUAACUGUUUUGUGUUUGAGGUGCGACACCGCUGGCACCAAGCCUCGGAGGGGACGAGGAAGCAUGUGGUGGGGGAUUGCCAAAGCUGGAGAACCAAAUAAUCUAUCACCGGUCUCACCUGGAGUACUGUUCAUGGACCCGGCGGUUCACGCUACGCUAAGAAGAAAACAAAGAAGAUUGGCCAGAGAGAACCCAGGAGUUUUGGCCGCAGUCGCCAAGGGCGAGUAUGCGGUCGCGGAGUGUCAACACCAAUUCAAGUAUAGAAGAUGGAACUGCUCCACGAGAAACUUUCUAAGGGGCAAGAACUUGUUCGGAAAAAUUGUGGAUAGAGGUUGCCGUGAGACCGCCUUCAUCUACGCUAUAACGAGCGCCGGAGUAACCCACUCCGUGGCCCGCGCCUGCGCCGAGGGCUCCAUAGAAUCGUGCACGUGCGACUAUUCGCAUCGACCGCGUGCCGCACAGAACCCGGUCGGCGGCCGCGCCAACGUGCGCGUCUGGAAGUGGGGCGGCUGCAGCGACAACAUCGGCUUCGGAUUUCGCUUCAGCAGGGAGUUCGUUGAUACCGGAGAACGAGGCAAGACUCUAAGGGAGAAAAUGAACCUGCACAACAACGAAGCCGGCAGAGCGCACGUGCAAACGGAGAUGAAGCAGGAGUGCAAGUGCCACGGCAUGUCAGGCUCGUGCACCGUGAAGACUUGCUGGAUGAGGCUGCCGAGCUUCAGGUCGGUGGGUGACUCGCUGAAGGACCGGUUCGAUGGCGCGUCACGCGUGAUGCUGUCGAAGGCGGAGCUCGAGACGCCGGCGCAGCGCAACGAGGCGGCGCCGCACCGGGUGCCGCGCAAAGACCGGUACCGGUUCCAGUUGCGGCCGCACAAUCCGGACCACAAGUCGCCCGGGGUCAAAGACCUCGUCUACCUGGAAUCGUCGCCGGGAUUCUGCGAAAAGAAUCCGCGUCUAGGCAUCCCCGGCACGCACGGCCGCGCCUGCAACGACACUAGCAUCGGCGUGGACGGCUGCGACCUGAUGUGCUGCGGCCGCGGCUACAAGACAAACACGAUGUUCGUGGUUGAGAGAUGCAACUGCACGUUCCAUUGGUGUUGCGAGGUCAAGUGCAAACUGUGUCGUACGGAAAAAGUGGUGCACACGUGUUUAUAGGUGAGCGCUAGAUGGAAGCGACGGAACAAACUCUAGUGUUGCCGUUUGUGACUGUGACCCGAGUCGAACGCGGACCCGUCCCAGCAUCCGAAGCCAGAUAACGGACCCUGUACAUAAUCACUUCGCUUUUUCAUCCAUCGGAGUCGUCGAAUACGUAUUUCAUGUUGACUUAUGUAAAUAGUUCUGUACCGAUGUUUAUUUUGUUCUUUCUUACGCGAUAAUUGAUCCGGCGUGAAAAUAAAGUGAUCUAGCUAUUCGUUCGGUUAAUUUAUUUGGCUAUUAAGUGCGAACAUGUGAUCUAAUAAAGUUAUUUUCGUGGACACUGUCGUUGGGAAAUUGAUGAGGCCAGUUUAAGUACGAUUUAUUUACGGCGAGCGAUCACGGCGCUUUGGUAACUAAUUGGACUUGUUUGUUUCCCCUCGCGGUCGGUAGUUAAUUACAUGUACAAAGUACGAUAACUUUACAAUUUGUAGACAAUUACUGAACGACCCGACGAGACACUAAGCUACGUACACCAACUAAAACUUUCAAUGGUAUUGUUUGAUAUCGUUCAAAAGUUGACUUCUACGAUUAUGUUUGCAAUACAAGAGAGGGCUAAUAACUACAUUAGUUUUAUAAAUACCUUAUAUUUUUAUGGACGUUCGUGUCGAGUGCCCGGUCGCCUAACUGUUUUGAGAAUCAACAGCGAAAUUAUCUUGUAAUUGUAAUUUCAUAUUAACGGUUAACGGAAUAUGUGGCUUAAUUGCAUUUGCAUAAAGUGUCUUCUUGGGUGUUCGCGCGCGGAGGUUGCGUUCGGCCCUUAUCGGUAAGUAAGUAGCGCCAUCGUAAAAGUGUCCCACAUUACGAGAUAAACGUUCUCGAGAAUUUUAAUUAAAUAUUAAGCGAAUUAAACAAUCAGUAUUAUACGUAUAAUAUUGUAUGCGUGUUGCGUUCGAUAUUCCGAGAUAGCAACGCACGCGACCUCGCCCUCUUCAGCCCUUGUACAUUUUAUAAGUAUCGCAUCCAAAACAAAACUAUGCAUAUAUUUUAGUUUUUAAAUAAAAACGCA